UGCCAACAACAACUACCAAAAGCAACAACACUGUUACAACUAUAAUGUUAGCAGCAGUCGAAAAGAGCACACAAACAUUUGAUAUUCGCCGGUUUCUCUCAUGUGCAUAGAGACGCCCGCACACACACACGCGUAAGAGAGCGUAGCCAGUGUUACCACAAAUUAUAAUUUAAAAUUUAUAUAAAAAACAUACGAGAAAAUGGUACGUCAUGCUUGCGAUUACACAUUUACAUAGGCCUAGCAAUGUCAAGACCCAGGUGCCCCUCUAUAUAACAUGUGCUAUACAAAAGCGAGCAAAUAAUUGUUGAUGUUCCGCAAGUUGCAAUAUAUUGCAUUAGUCCAUGGCUAUCUACAAAGUAGCUAGUGCGUGACUAGUUCUCUCAGCACACACACGUAGAUGAGCGUGUAUUGCAAAAUCAUGCAAUGCCAAUGGGGCGCUAUCAGAGAAAUACUACAACAACGAUUACCACCAACAGAGGAUUUUUAGAGGUCUUUUUCGAAAGCUGGUGAUUCACACACAUGCACACACACACAAAUACACACGGCAAACACUCGGCUGGAUGAUGCCCAAGACUGCGCUUAUCGCUUAUCAGCAGGGUUGCUUCACCAGAUACUCAACAGACAAGUAGACAACAACAGUUGCAACGCUGUCCGUGGCAGGUAUUCAUUAUGUGAACCAUCCAUGGAUCACGAGGAGUAGGAGUAGCAGCCAGCCAGCCAGCCAGCCAGCCAGCGAGCAUAAAAAGUAGCAGGUGCCUCACCCCAAUUCAAAUUUCGAAGCAGCGCAGCGCGGGCAGCGGACACAGGAAAUGCUGAAACACGCCUCGAAUGCGACAAGCAAUGCGACAGCGACGUCGACGUCGACAGCGACAGCGACGUCAGGAACAACUGCUGUUGCUGUUGCCACCACCAAUGGCCAGCUGCUGCGCACCACAAGCAAUUGCAACAGCAACAACAACAUCAACAACAACAAUAACAGCAGCACUGCGAGCAGCAACAGCAGCAGUAAUAACAACACACCCUCAACGACGACGGCAGCAGGCGGCGGCAACUGCGGUAGCAGCAGCCCAGCUGCAGUUGGCAAUGCCACCGCCAAUGUUGCUGCUGCUGCGGGAGCGACGUCACCAACGCCAGCAGCUGUGGCAAGCACGGCACGCAACAUUCACCUGCGACCGCCGCAGCCGUUGAACAUCAGUGCACUGAACGCUUCGACGUGCAGCGGCAGCAAUGUGGCACGUGGCAACAACACGAGCAACCUGCUCAACAUUGCCACAAUGCCAACGCUGAUGCCGCCAAUGAAGCCCCUCACACCGCUCACGCCCAAUGGCAACAGCAACAACAUUAGCAUCAGCAACAACAACAUCAACAACAACAACAGUCUGCAUCAUCAUCAUACGUACACCAAUCAACACAUGCUCGCGAGCAACAGCAGCAGCAGCAACAAUCAGUUGCACUUGCAGUUCCAGCAGCAACAUCAACAUCAACAACAACAUCAGCAGCAACAGCAGCAGCAAUUGCAAGCAGCGGGACAGCAACAGCAACUGAUUGCCAAUCACAGCAAUCACAGCAUGCUUAGCACCACCACCAACAACAUCAACAACACGCUGCAUAAUUACAGUCAGUGCAACAACAACAACAACACCAACAUCAACAAUAACAACAACUUUGGCAGCAGUUUAAAGACAACCAAACAUGGACCAGGACCACGCGAAGUUCUCACCAGCCUAGGAUUGCUUUGUCUGGUAUCGCUCUUGUUGGCCUUGCUGUCGCUCAUCUUUCUGCUGAAGAUCUCGCCAAACAGUCGCGAGGAGGCGCUGAGCCGGAGCAGCAGCAACAUCAAUACUAUCAGCAACAGCAACAACGAGGACUUCAUCAUCGUCUAUGAUGUGACAUUGGCCCUCUGCGCUUUGUCGUUGUCGCUCAAUCUUUGCUGCCUGCUCGUCUGUGCCAUACAGUUCCUGUUCGCCGUGAAGCUGCUCCGCUCGCCGAUGUUCGAUGGCCGGGACAACAAGUACCUGGAGAAGUCGAGUGCCAGUCGAACGUGCGCCGUUAGCGGAUUCUUCAUCUCGAUCCCUGUUUUUCUCACCGGCAUCAUACUGUACACAUUCAAUCACUUCCAUUCGACGCCGGCGAUCAUUACGAGCGUGCUCAUCGGCGUUGGGAUUGUGUUCUGUGGCGGCGCCAUGGUCCACAAUGUGUUUGUGUGGCAGAAGGAGAAGACCAUCAGCUAUCGCAGUCCAAUUGCCCCGCUUACCCCAUCAUCACUCACCCAGCUCCCGCCGCCCGUUCAGUUCUAUCAUCAGCAGACGUCGCAGUCGACGCAUCCUCAAGCUCAAGUGUUGCAUCACUCGCUGCUGCAUCAUCAUCAUCCCACCUCGGUGACGCCGGUGUCGCCAAAUCAUUCGCAUGGCAGCUUCAAUCCGCUGCUCUGCGCAGCUGGCGCCAUUCCAGCCACAGCGCCUCCGUUCCUUGUGCGUCCGGCAACGGCGACGCCGCCAACGCCGAAACCCAUCAACAUUGGCGUUGGCAUCGUGGCCACCACGACGGCCAAUGGCAGCUGUCUUUUGGGACGCGAGCUCAGCGGUUCGGUCAGUCCGGGGAUUCCCCCGACGCUGGACAUGAGCAACAUCACAAACAUUUCGCUGCACGAACUCUCGACACUCGUCUAA